UUAUCAACUCCCUCUCUCCUCUGUCUGCCUUUACGAUCAAUUCUCUUAAAAAGUUAGAUCCUGUCUCGUCAACACUCGCCCUCUUCCCUCUCUUCAUUUCGCUUCCCUUCUGUUCUCUUCUGUUCUCUUCUCUUCUCUUCUCCGCACAUAACACAAAAAUUGUGACAAAAAAAAAUGAAAAAUUAAAUUAAAAGGAAAAUUAAAAAAAAAAAUGAAGCGUGUUUUCGACGAAAUCUCAGACGAAGAAUGGGAGAACCAUUCUUUCAAGCCUUCACGUGUUUUAAAGAAAAACCCUAACCCUCCGCCAAUUGAAUCUUUCGCUUUCAGUUCCCAACCUCAGGCUAGUUUUUCCGACCAAAGCAGCGACGAUUGCGUCGAAGUAGAACAAGUGGAGGACGACUCCAACUUGGAAGACGAAGAUGUUGACGCCGAGGAUGCCGGCCGGGUCAACCGUGCCCGUCGAUUCGUGGUUGAAGACGACGACGACGAUGACGACGAGAAGGACAGCGAUGAAAAUGGUUAUGAGGAAGUGUAUGAUGUAGAUUCGAGUGAAGAGGUGGAAUUGCAAGAGGAUGACGUAGUAGGGAAGGCGUUGCAGAAGUGUGCAAAAAUAUCGGCGGAGCUUCGGAAGGAACUCUACGGGAGUUCCAAUGCUUCUUGUGAACAAUACGCCGAAGUAGAAGCUUCUUCUGUGGGAAUCGUUACGCAGAAUGAUAUUGAUGUAGCAUGUGGGGUGGUGGUUUCGGAUUUUCGGCCAGUUCUCAAGCCAUAUCAACUGGUUGGUGUAAACUUUCUUCUUCUGUUGCAUCGUAAGGGUAUUGGAGGAGAUCAUUGGUGUAAUUUGGAAGGAUUAGUUAUAUCUUUUUGUAUAUCUGCAGCUAUAUUGGCAGAUGAGAUGGGUCUUGGGAAAACCAUUCAGGCUAUUACAUAUCUAACUUUGCUGAAACAUCUGAAAAAUGAUCCUGGUCCUCAUCUAAUAGUUUGUCCUGCCUCACUUUUGGAAAACUGGGAAAGAGAACUUAAGAAGUGGUGCCCCUCUUUUUCUGUACUUCAGUAUCAUGGUGCUGGCCGAGCAGCUUACUCAAAAGAGUUGAGUUAUUUGUCCAAAGCUGGAUUACCACCUCCAUUUAAUGUUCUUCUUGUGUGUUAUUCACUUUUUGAAAGACACAGUGUGCAGCAGAAGGAUGAUCGUAAAAUUCUGAAACGUUGGCAUUGGAGCUGUGUGCUAAUGGAUGAGGCCCAUGCUUUAAAGGACAAGAACAGCUAUAGGUGGAAAAAUCUAAUGUCAGUUGCCCGAAAUGCAAACCAGCGUCUUAUGCUAACAGGCACUCCUCUGCAAAAUGAUUUACAUGAGCUGUGGUCAUUGUUAGAGUUCAUGAUGCCUGAUCUUUUUGCCACUGAGGAUGUAGACUUGAAGAAGCUACUAAAUGCAGAAGAUAGGGAGUUGAUUAGUCGCAUGAAGUCCAUUUUGGGACCAUUCAUCUUGAGGCGUUUGAAAUCAGAUGUGAUGCAGCAACUUGUCCCAAAGAUACAACGGGUUGAGUAUGUAAUUAUGGAAAAGCAACAAGAUGAUGCAUAUAGGGAAGCAAUAGAGGAGUAUCGUACAAUUUCACGAGCACGCAUAGCAAAGCUUUCAGAGUCUGACAUGAAUAAUAUUGUUGGAGUUCUUCCUCGACGUCAGAUCUCAAACUAUUUUGUUCAGUUUCGAAAGAUUGCAAAUCAUCCAUUGUUAGUGAGGCGGAUUUAUAACGAUAAGGAUGUUGUUCGCUUUGCUAAAAGGUUAUAUUCAAUGGGUGUUUUUGAAUGUACCUUGGACAGAGUAAUUGAGGAACUAAAGAAUUACAAUGAUUUCUCUAUUCAUCAGCUUUUACUUCGCUAUGGAAUUACUGGUGGUAAAGGAACUCUUUCCGAUGAACAUGUUAUGCUUUCAGCUAAAUGCCAGGCAUUAGCAGAGCUUCUCCCUUCACUCAAGAGAAGUGGGCAUCGGGUUCUGAUUUUUAGCCAGUGGACAUCGAUGCUUGAUAUCUUGGAGUGGACUUUAGAUGUGAUUGGGGUUACAUAUAGACGGCUGGAUGGCAGUACUCGGGUGACUGAUAGGCAGACUAUAGUCGAUGAUUUCAAUAAUGACACUUCUAUAUUUGCGUGCUUGUUGUCCACGAGAGCUGGAGGGCAGGGUUUGAACUUGACAGGAGCUGAUACUGUAGUUAUUCAUGAUAUGGAUUUUAAUCCUCAGAUUGACCGACAAGCUGAAGAUCGCUGCCAUCGAAUUGGCCAAACAAGGCCUGUUACCAUAUACAGGCUGGUUACGAAAGGUACAGUUGAUGAGAAUGUUUAUGAGAUUGCAAAACGGAAGUUGACUCUGGAUGCUGCAGUGCUAGAGUCUGGAAUUGAUGUAGACGAUGAAGGUGACGCAUCUGAAAAAACGAUGGGACAGAUACUGUCAUCCCUACUGAUGAGCUAGAACUACAAGAGUAUGAUCGAUUUUUGUGUUAUUAUUAUUAUUUUUUUGGAUUUUUACUUUUGCAGAUUCUUUUUAUGUAACACUACUGUUGUUUCAGUUAGUAUUCAAAGAGAAAAGUAUCUUGAUCUUUUAGUUAGGGUCAUUUGAGGGAAAAAUCAACCUUUAUAAUUGUUAGGCCUUGUCAUACAUGGGUAUUAAUUACCCAACAACAUCAAUGUAGCAGAAUAUCAAUGAGAAAUUUUUGGCAAUCAGCAAUCGAGUUGCAUCGGAGUCUA